CUUGACCAGUCUUUGCCAACCAGGACACCAACCUCAGCUGGCGUGAUGUUGAGGAAGGUUUUCCCUGGGACGGCGACCCAGAUGGAAGACGGUUACCUGGCACGCUGGCCACAUUCUACCUCACUCUUAUCAGAGUCUGAGCUACUGGCAGUGCUUUCAGCUCUGAGUUCAGGCACCUCGAACCUUGUUUUUGUGGUGAAGGAUCCUAAAGUGCUGUGGGGAGUGAUCACAUUUUUCACAACAGUAAGUUAAGAAUUUCAGUUACUGACAUCCCUCAGUCCUGAUUAAACCUAUUUGAUUUCACCAGUUUUUAACCCAUCAUAUGUUUGGGUUUCUUCUCCCCAGUCCCUGACUCCACCUCUUCUGCCACAAACGUCAGCAUGGUGGUAUCAGCCGGCCCUUUGUCCAGCGAGAAGGCAGAGAUGAACAUUCUAGAAAUCAAUGAGAAAUUGCGCCCCCAGCUGGCAGAGAAGAAACAGCAGUUCAGAAACCUCCAAGAGAAAUGUUUUGUAACUCAACUGGCCGGCUUCCUGGCCAAGGGACAGAAGAAAUACAAAUAUGAAGAGUGCGAAGACCUCAUAAAAUCUAUGCUGAGGAAUGAGCGACGACAGUUCAAGGAGGAGAAGCUUGCGGAGCAGCUCAAGCAAGCUGAGGCGCUCAGGCAAUAUAAAGUCCUGGUUCACUCUCAGGAACGAGAGCUGACCCAGUUAAAGGAGAAGUUACGGGAAGGGAGAGAUGCCUCCCGCUCAUUGCAUGAGCAUCUCCAGGCCCUCCUCACUCCGGAUGAGCCGGACAAGUCCCAGGGGCAGGACCUCCAAGAACAGCUGGCUGAGGGGUGUAGACUGGCACAGCAACUUGUCCAAAAGCUCAGCCCAGAAAAUGACAACGAUGACGAUGAAGAUGUUCAAGUUGAGGUGGCUGAGAAAGUGCAGAAAUCGUCUGCCCCCAGGGAGAUGCAGAAGGCUGAAGAAAAGGAAGUCCCUGAGGACUCACUGGAGGAAUGUGCCAUCACUUGUUCAAAUAGCCAUGGCCCUUAUGACUCCAACCAGCCACACAGGAAAACCAAAAUCACAUUUGAGGAAGACAAAGUCGACUCAACUCUCAUUGGCUCAUCCUCUCAUGUUGAAUGGGAGGAUGCUGUACACAUUAUUCCAGAAAAUGAAAGUGAUGAUGAGGAAGAGGAAGAAAAAGGGCCAGUGUCUCCCAGGGGCAUGGAUGAAGCUGGAAACCAUCAUUCUCAGCAAACUAUUGCAAGGACAAAAAACCAAAUAUCGCAUGUUCUUACUCACAGGAAUCUGCAGGAGUCUGAAGAGGAGGAAGUCCCCCAGGAGUCCUGGGAUGAAGGUUAUUCGACUCUCUCAAUGCCUCCCGAAAUGUUGGCCUCGUACCAGUCUUACAGCAGCACAUUUCACUCAUUAGAGGAACAGCAAGUCUGCAUGGCUGUUGACAUAGGCAGACAUCGGUGGGAUCAAGUGAAAAAGGAGGACCAAGAGGCAACAGGUCCCAGGCUCAGCAGGGAGCUGCUGGAGGUAGUAGAGCCUGAAGUCUUGCAGGACUCACUGGAUAGAUGUUAUUCAACUCCUUCAGUUUAUCUUGGACUGACUGACUCAUGCCAACCCUACAGAAGUGCCUUUUACGUAUUGGAGCAACAGAGUGUUGGCUUGGCUGUUGACAUGGAUGAAAUUGAAAAGUACCAAGAAGUGGAAGAAGACCAAGACCCAUCAUGCCCCAGGCUCAGCAGGGAGCUGCUGGAUGAGAAAGGGCCUGAAGUCUUGCAGGACUCACUGGAUAGAUGUUAUUCGACUCCUUCAGGUUAUCUUGAACUGCCUGACUUAGGCCAGCCCUACAGCAGUGCUGUUUACUCAUUGGAGGAACAGUACCUUGGCUUGGCUCUUGACGUGGACAGAAUUAAAAAGGACCAAGAAGAGGAAGAAGACCAAGGCCCACCAUGCCCCAGGCUCAGCAGGGAGCUGCUGGAGGUAGUAGAGCCUGAAGUCUUGCAGGACUCAGUGGAUAGAUGUUAUUCAACUCCUUCCAGUUGUCUUGAACAGCCUGACUCCUGCCAGCCCUAUGGAAGUUCCUUUUAUGCAUUGGAGGAAAAGCAUGUUGGCUUUUCUCUUGACGUGGGAGAAAUUGAAAAGAAGGGGAAGGGGAAGAAAAGAAGGGGAAGAAGAUCCAAGAAGAAAAGAAGAAGGGGAAGAAAAGAAGGGGAAGAAGAUCAAAACCCACCAUGCCCCAGGCUUAACGGCGUGCUGAUGGAAGUGGAGGAGCCUGAAGUCUUACAGGACUCACUGGAUAGAUGUUAUUCGACUCCGUCAAUGUACUUUGAACUACCUGACUCAUUCCAGCACUACAGAAGUGUGUUUUACUCAUUUGAGGAACAGCACAUCAGCUUCGCCCUUUACGUGGACAAUAGGUUUUUUACUUUGACGGUGACAAGUCUCCACGUGGUGUUCCAGAUGGAAGUCAUAUUCCCACAAUAAGCAGCCCUUACUAAGCCGAGAGAUGUCAUUCCUGCAGGCAGGACCUAUAGGCACGUGAAGAUUUGAAUGAAACUAUAGUUCCAUUUGGAAGCCCAGACAUAGGAUGGGUCAGUGGGCAUGGCUCUAUUCCUAUUCUCAGAGCAUGCCAGUGGCAACCUGUGCUCAGUCUGAAGACAGUGGACCCACGUUAGGUGUGACACGUUCACAUAACUGUGCAGCACAUGCCGGAAGCGAUCAGUCAGACAUUUUAAUUUGAACCACGUAUCUCUGGGUAGCUACAAAAUUCCUCAGGGAUUUCAUUUUGCAGGCAUGUCUCUGAGCUUCUAUGCCUGCUCAAGGUCAGUGUCAUCUUUGUGUUUAGCUCAUCCAAAGGUGUUACCCUGGUUUCAAUGAACCUAACCUCAUUCUUUGUGUCUUCAGUGUUGGCUUGUUUUAGCUGAUCCAUCUGUAACACAGGAGGGAUCCUUGGCUGAGGAUUGUAUUUCAGAACCACCAACUGCUCUUGACAAUUGUUAACCCGCUAGGCUCCUUUGGUUAGAGAAGCCACAGUCCUUCAGCCUCCAAUUGGUGUCAUUACUUAGGAAGACCAUAGCUAGAUGGACAAACAGCAUUGAGAGGCCUUAGCCCUGCUCCUCUCAAUUCCAUCCUGUAGAGAACAGGAGUCAGGAGCCGCUGGCAGGAAACAACAUGUCACCCAGGACUCUGCCGGUGCAGAAUAUGAACAAUGCCAUGUUCUUGCAGAAAACGCUUAGCCUGAGUUUCAUAGGAGGUAAUCACCAGACAACUGCAGAAUGUAGAACACUCAGCAGGACAACUGACCUGUCUCCUUCACAUAGUCCAUAUCACCACAAAUCACACAACAAAAAGGAGAAGAGAUAUUUUGGGUUCAAAAAAAGUAAAAAGAUAAUGUAGCUGCAUUUCUUUAGUUAUUUUGAACCCCAAAUAUUUCCUCAUCUUUUUGUUGUUGUCAUGGAUGGUGGUGACAUGGACUUGUUUAUAGAGGACAGGUCAGCUGUCUGGCUCAAUGAUCUACAUUCUGAAGUUGUCUGAAAAUGUCUUCAUGAUUAAAUUCAGCCUAAACGUUUUGCCGGGAACACUGCAGAGACAAUGCUGUGAGUUUCCAACCUCAGCCCAUCUGCGGGCAGAGAAGGUCUAGUUUGUCCAUCACCAUUAUGAUAUCAGGACUGGUUACUUGGUUAAGGAGGGGUCUAGGAGAUCUGUCCCUUUUAGAGACACCCUACUUAUAAUGAAGUACUUGGGAAAGCGGUUUUCAAGAGUAUAAAUAUCCUGUAUUCUAAUGAUCAUCCUCUAAACAUUUUAUCAUUUAUUAAUCCUCCCUCCCUGUGUCUAUUAUGAUAUUCAUAUCUCUACGCUGGAAAUUUUGGGUCUCAAUUUUUACUGUGCCUUUGUUUUUACUAGUGUCUGCUGUUGCAAAAAGAAGAAAACAUUCUCUGCCUGAGUUUUAAUUUUUGUCUGAAGUUAAUUUUAAUCUAUACAAUUAAAACCUUUUGCCUAUCACUCGGGACUUUUGGAUUGUUUUUUACAUUCAGUGUUAUAAUAUUUGAUUAUGCUGAUUGGUUUUGGUGGGUACUGAUGCGAAUUAAUAAAAACAUUUCAUUUCCAUGUUUAUUUUCUAAUCUCUUCCACAUUGUAGGCUAUGUUUACCACACGUAGCAGAAUGUAUUUACAUUUCUUGGUUCUAGUCAUUUGUAUUCUUCGUGAGUGUGAGUGUGUGUGUGUGUGUGUGUCUGUGUGUGUGUCUGUGUGUGCCUUUGGCAUUUAGGAAGGGUUGUAUAGCUCAUGUUAAAUAUUGCACUAAAAAUGUUUUCGAUGGUUUUCCUCCCUUUGAACUAGACACACUUCUAAUAUUUGGUUUAUAGUUUUAAAUUAUAACUUUCAGCAUCAAAUAUUUCCAUACAACAGUCAAUUACAUGAUGUGUUUUCUUUUUCCUACCUCCUUUACCUGCCACUUCUCAUAAUAGUAUUUGAACCUAAACAUAUACCGGUGACAUUCUGUGAUUAUCAUCUUGCCCCUACCUUGGUUUUUGGUUUAGAUCCACAAUGAAAUAUAUUAACGCUCAUGAGCUAUUCAAAAGUGAAUGUCACAGUCAUCACUUGCUGAGUGGUACUCAUCCUUAACAGAGUCCUCAUGAGGGAAUCAGGUCUCGCUGAGUUUAGCAUGUUUAAUAAUCUUUUCUCACGGUCUUGAUACAUGAAUCGCAUUACUAGAUAUAAGGUGCUUGUCCAAAAUGAUUUUUCUGGAGUUUUUAGGAGAUAUUGUCUUCCUUGGGGGACAUACAUGGUGUAUGUUCUCAUUGUGGGAUUCUAUUUUGUUCUACCAGGACCUCUUAAUUUCUGCCAGUUACUUCAUUCAUUUGUGCUCUUCACCAUGAGUCUCCAGAGGAUACUUCCAUGGUCCGUGCCUCUCCAUCUCCCAGCAAUUCUGUGUUUCCAAGAUUGGCACCUCUGGUCCUCUGCACGGUGAAGCCCCUUCCUUUCAAUUCCCCAGUAGCCAGUGCUCUAAUCCACCAGGUCUCAGGCAUGAUCUAUUUUUCUCCACACUCACUUUCUGAAGAUAGUUUUACCUGGGUUCUAUCAUGAACAGGCCCUCCCUGCUGUCCUGGCCUCUAUUUGCAUAGUGUUUCCUGCUCCCUCUGCCAUCGUGUGGCUCCCAGACCUGGCUAAAGAAAAUCACCUGAGGGCCACAGUGUUCCCUAGCCCUGGUGUUUAGGGGCAGGAUUAUGGGUGAGAUUUUUGGGUCUCUAAGUUGACCCCUACGGCUCUGAAGUGUAUGUUGAGAAAUUCAGCUGUUAUCAUCCUAGGUGGACUUGCUCCCUCCUAUCCUCCUACUUCAAAUGCAGAACUUCAAUCAUUUACAAAAGAAGACUGAAUCGUAUAAUAGAACACACCCUUAUUCAUUGGCUGGCUUCACCAAUCAUCUCAUGGCUGAACUUGUAAAAAUACAAUCUUAGCCACAUACCUAUGAAAUGUAUAUGUGUGUGUAUAUAUAUACAUGAAUUUGCUUCUGAGAUUAUGGAGGCUGAAAUUCCCAAGAUGGAAGGAAAGCUGGAUAUCCAGGAAAGCAUUUGUUUCCCAUUAGGCCUCUUAAUUCUCUCCUGGCCCUUGAUUGAUUGCAUGAGGCCCACCCCUAUUAAGGAGGGCAAUCUGCUUCACUUAGUCUGCCCAUCCCAAUGUUAAUCGUAUCUGAAAGACUCUCUGGAACACAACCAGAAUCAUGUUUGACCAAAUGUCCUGGCACCCUGGUGCUCGGUCACAGUGACAAGUACAAGUAACUAUCACACAUGCCCUUUGUCAUAUUGGUGAUUUCCACUGUUUUUCUCCCAAACUGCAGCUUAUAUUUGUUCUCUUAAUACUGUUGAGCAAAAACUUUUAAUUUUUAUAAAGUCGAAUUUAUCAAUGUUUUCUUUAAUGGUUUGUGUUUAUUGAUAAUAAAGAACACUUUGCCUAA